ACACACAGAGUAUAGAAUUACAUAUUUUGCAAGUGUCAGGUUGAUAUGUAAGUUAAAAAUGGCUGCUGUACAUAAGUUUACCCGGCUUAUAUCAAGGACGAAGUUUUUCAAUAAUAAUGGCUAUUAUGCAAACGAGAAUCUACGGUCGUUUUGCACGAUGGUACAGCAACCGCAAAAAACGCAGAGUUUAAUAAAAAUUAGUUUAAUUGGUGCGAUAACCGGUGUUGCUCUGGGUGCAGGUUAUGCUUAUCAUAAAAUCAACAAAAUGCGACAAAAUAUCGCUCUGGAAGGAACGCAGGCGGAAACUAUGCUGUUGAAAUAUAAACCAUCUGUCACGCCGUCCAGAAAAAUUAUAUUUCCAAUGGACUCUAUGGAUUUAAAUGUCACGUUAUUUCAGUAUCAAACAUGUCCGUUUUGUUGUAAAGUCAGAGUUUUUUUAGAUUACUAUGGGAUAUCUUAUGAUGUUGUGGAAGUAGAUCCGGUACUUCGUAAAGAGAUUGGAUGGUCUUCUUACAAAAAAGUUCCGAUCCUCUUGACUAAAGUAGGAGAAGGCUAUCAACCUCUGAAUGAUAGUUCCAUGAUAAUAUCUCUUCUUGCAUCCUAUUUACAUGACAAGUCUUAUAAGGUUGAAGAAUUGGCUAACUAUUAUCCAAGUAUAGCAAUGCAUGAUGACCAUGGCAAAUUUAAAUAUGAGAUUAUAAAUAAAUAUUUUCUCAUGUUUAACAAAAAUCUUCCAAAGGACAGAUCAAUGAAUGAUAUAAUCGAAGAACGCAAUUGGAGAAAAUGGGCGGACGAGGUAUUUGUUCAUACACUUUCGCCAAAUGUAUAUAGAACGAUUGAUGAAUCUUAUAGAACUUUUAAUUGGUUUUCAGAAGUCGGCAAAUGGGAGGAAUAUUUUCCAUUAUGGGAGCGAAUGUUGAUAGUAAAUGUAGGUGCAAUGGCAAUGUGGUUGAUAGGAAAAAGGCUCAAGAAGAGACACCGCCUAAAAGACGACGUUCGACAGUCGUUGUAUGACGAAGCAAAUUACUGGUUGCGUGCUAUCCGUGCGCGCGGCACCCUGUUUAUGGGUGGCAGCAAGCCCGAUCUAUCUGAUCUUGCAGUGUAUGGUAUUUUGAAAAGUAUUGAAGGUUGCGACGCUUUUCAAGAUCUACUGGCUCACACGAAAAUCGGUGUUUGGUACAAUGCUAUGAAAGAACAAGUUGAUACACAUUCUGGUAGUAUGAAUUUAAGUAGAUGAAUUUAAGUAGAUAAUAUAUACAUCGACCAUUAUGCCUCUAUAUAGAGUUAUUUAUUUACACUAUAAAUGAUAUUUAAUAAAUAAAUAACAUUAAUUUAA